AUGAAUCGACCGCAGCAGAAUCGCCGAGCGCAGCCAGCCCAGCAGCAAGGGAUGUCAACAACCCGGGCACGGCCAAACACCAACCUUUCUGUCCCGAACAAUCAUCAAACCGCGCCGGGUAACAUCCAACCAGCAGUACCUUCUAUAUCUAUCAACCAGCCCAUGCGUGCAGGUCAAUCAGGCCUCUCGAUUCUGCCUGAUCUUACCGAAGACGAGGAACUUGAUCCCGCACCCCAGACCAGCUCGAACAGAUACAUGCCAGACUGGAUCAACUCUCGGCCGGUAUUCAACGGCUUUCAAGUCAAUCCGCAGCAGCGUGAGCAAACCCUGAUUCUUUCCUACUGGCCUGAGAUUACUGACAGGAAGCAUUGUAGUGCGAAGCGAGUAGCCACCAACAUGGCCCAAGGUUUCCGCCAACAAAGCAACGAUAUGGAGACAUGGGUCACGGACUUGAAGGAUGGUCUUGAACAGUAUGCCUCGACGCAGAACCAAGAGAACUUUAUGGACCUGCUCGGGGAAGAUCAGUUUCACCAGGAGUAG